UCUCGAACCAAGCGUUUACUGUAAGGUCGUGGCAGUCAAAGUUGUGCUUUUCCUCGCGCGCCGUGUCUGUUCGGAGCGCUCCUGCAGUAGAUGGCUGUAAGCGCACACUGAUCCGGAGGAACGCUACUUCACCGUUCUGUCAAUAAAACACUCCAGGAGCCGAGAGAAACGCAUCACAGGCUGAUCUGCGUGUUUAUUUAAUCCACAUUCUCCCUCCGUUAGCGAACGCGUGUCUCGAUUGGGAUUGUUGAAGCCAGAGGGACACUUGGAGAGACUUUGUUCGCGAUCGCGCCACUGGACACCUGCGCGUCCGCUUCACCUUGUGCUAAAAUGUUGCUCUGAACCACAGUGUCUUUUUCACGCAGAGUGGAUUUUUUUGGGGCUCGAUCGUUCCGUGGGUCCGUGUGUGUGUGCGUGCGUGCGUGUGUGUGUAUUUCUGAAGAUCAGACACGCUCCUCCUGAUCGGGUGUUUUCUCAUUGCGAUCUGUUUCCAUGUUUUUAGGUUUAUGUGAUAUUUCUAAAAAUGCAUCACCAUCAUCAUCAUCAUCAUCAUCAUCAGAGAAUGGCCGCGUUAGGGACGGAUAAAGAACUGAGCGAUUUGCUGGAUUUCAGCGCGAUGCGAAACAGCGAUUUGAAAAUGUUCCCCACACCAAUGAUGUUUUCCCCUCCUGUCAGCAGCGGGAAGAACGGACCGACGUCUCUGGGAAGCGGACAUUUCUCUGGCUCAAGUAUGUCGAAUGCAACCCAACCUUGUGUUUUUGCCGGGCGUUUUGUGCAACGGGCCACUGAGUAAUUAUAAGCAUGGUUU